GAGCAUGGCGUCAAUGAGGCGAAUUGGUCAGUUUUUCGUUUUUAAUCAAAAUUAAUGGUGAAUGCAGCUGUGCUCAUUAUGUAAAUUUACUAUCGAUCUUAUGGGCAAGUUCAAGAUUAACAAGUCACUCAAAAUUUCGAAUUAGGAAUUAAGCAAAGCAAAAUAGUGUUAUUGGCAGAAUAUAAGUUCACGCAAAAUUGCGUAAAAAUAACCGCUCAACAAUCAAGUUAGGAAUGCAAGUUUAAGAGUUCAAAGGAUUAUUUUACCGAGACUAUGUAUAUAGAUCAAGAUUCUGUGUGUUAGAAGAAAUAAAGACACAACGCCAGUAACGACGCCAGAGCAACGGUAACUGUGAAAACUCAGUAACUUGCAACACAAUUGAAACUAUUUAAACGCUGAAAUAUUGUUACGGAUAUGGAAGUGCGGGGGAAAUGUCUGUGGCAAGGCAAUAAACAACCACAACAGCAACAAAAAAUACAAAAAGAACGGCAAAAUCCGCCACUAGAACUAUUUGAAGUGCUGCAACAAACCCAACGGAAAUGCCACCAAAACCAAAACGAAAGAACAAACCACCUACGAUUACAGCAAAUACAACACACAAAUGAAAAACAUACAGUAAUUACACCGCAGCAGCUGAAAACGGUGCAAAAAGCAAACGAAAACGUUAAACGACAGCAACGGCGAAGCGCGUUACAGCAAAAUCCUAAAUUAUUACCCAUAAAGCAUCAUCGAUGGCCAAUGCCGCCAUUGCUGGCGCACGUAGCCACAACGCCACCAACACCAACGCAACAGAGUUCAAGCACUUCACCAAAUCCUAAUGUAGUCAACGAAUUUGUGCGCUUCACUGCAGCUGUCAUUUGCCGAAGCCUGGCGUACUCGACAGCGACAUUAGCGGUCGCGGCAGUGACGAAAGCGAAAGCACUCUCUGCAGUUGUUGCGGGUUGUUGUAGGAAACGAUUUCCAAUACUUUGGUUGUUGGCCUUACUCAGUGCGGCACAAUUCUCAUCAACAGCAAUAACAACAGCAGCGGCAAGCAGAGCUGCAGCAACUAACGGCGUGUUCAGCCCAACGCCAAAGCUACUGCCACAUGGAAUGCUGAGCACCGCCGCAACUGUCACCGCUGCCGCUCUACUGAGCCAAGCAUCCGUUGCACAAGCGGCCAUUUUGACUGCCAGCGUACCCACAUUUGAGCCGAGACUAACGCGUUACAAAUUCCCCACAGAAGCAGACAAAGGUGUCGGAACGGAUGGCUACGCGGAUUCGGAUGCAGAUGCUUUGGUGCAGGUACAGGUAAAACGCAUUAAUCUGCUGGAUAAUGAUGAUGAAUCGGGAGCGGUGGCAGCAGCUGCACCACCUCCACAACCCGAAGAGGUUGGAGAGGAGGAGCUGACGUCCGAGCAGGAAGAGCUAUACGAUGAGGACCGACAGCUUUCUCAGCAAGCUGCCACUAGAAAGUUGAACAGAAAUAAACAGCAGUUGCUUAUGUUCUAUCGACGUGUGCAACAUGCGGCCGAGCGGCAGCAACAACAGCAUGGCCACCAAUACCCAACAACGCAUCGUCAUUAUCAACGUGCGGGCGUAGAAGAACAACCAACAUCCUUUCUCGUUGAGUCAAAGUCGCACUACGCCGACAUACCUCCAACAGUUGGCAAUGUGGCUCCGAUGCCCAGCGACGAAGUGUUGGAUAUGCAGUCAUCGCACAAACAUGUCACCAAACGCAGUGCAACCACUAAGCUAGCACCGACGACGGUAACGCCAAACGCGCACACUGCUGGUACUACCACCGCUAACAUCAGUAGUGUAGCAACUAAUAACGCGACCGCAACAGCGAACAAUACCGAAGAGGAUAAAUGUGAACCAAAGGUGUUGGAUGAGGUGCCGCCCGAACCGUUCUUCGAUUUCUCCGACAUCGCCGAAGAUGCUGCACGCCAAUUCACUGAAUUUAUUACGAAUAAAUUUGGCACCUCAGGCCCACCAUUGCAGCAGGCCAUCACAGCGGAAUUGCGUGAAGAGUUGCGACGUCGUGCCAACAGCAUUGCCAGUUAUGCACUAAACGAAGAUGAGAAUCUUUUGGCGUUUGCAAUUGCAGCGCCGAGCAUACAAACGGUUGUGGUCAAGUUCAGGGACGAUGUAAAGAUACCACCGGAUCAGAUACAUAAUAAAGCAAUACUUGGUUCCUAUUGGCGUGAAUUGGGUGUGGCGUGGAACAGCACCGAGGGUACACAGGAGUGGGGUGCACCAUUCCGGGAUUGCAAUGUGUUGAAAAGACGUUGGCUGUGGCCGUUUCGCAUUACAUUUAGUGAAAAUAAAAUAAAAAUUGGCGCUGUCGCCUUUAUCGCUGCUGAUGAGGACGUCUGUAAUGAUGGGCUGGAGGAAGUUUUCGGACGAAAGCAUGGCUGCGAUCGUAACACCACAUUUUGUUUACUGACCGAGAAUAAACCCUCGGCGACACGCGAUGUCUACACCUGCAUCUGUCGUGAGUCCUUCUAUUUGCCCAACUCGACACUACAGGGUUUUCGUGGUGAUAUCGUGGAAGCAUCCGAGGGUUAUGCCAAUUAUUCUUGCAUACCCUGUCCCGAUGGCUGUACAACUUGUGAUCAGCAUGGUGUCUGCCUGCUGGGUGAACCACCCGAGGUUGUGUCAAUGGAGAGCUUAUUAAAUGUAUCUGUGGGCUCGGUAUUGGGCGCAUGCAUACUUUGUUGUAUCGUAUUGAGUGUAAUUGUUUUUCGGCAGAGAAAAUGUAAGGCUAUUGCUUCAGGCAUGUGGACAGUGCUGGAAACAAUUUUAUUGGGAAUCAUAUUACUUUAUGCAUCGGUUGCCGUCCAUUUCUUUCCCGCCACCACCGAACGCUGUCUACUUGAACCAUGGCUGCGUGAAAUUGGCUUCAUCACCUGCUACGGUGCCAUCAUAUUGAAACUGUAUCGCCAUCUGGUCGAUUUUCGUACACGCAAGGCGCAUCGUUGGGUGUUGCGCGACAUCGAUUUGCUGAAAUAUUUGGGCACGAUGGUAUUUGCCGUCACCUGUUAUAUGGCCGCCUUCACUGCCGCCGCACUAGACCUGAUCGAUGUGUCACAGUUGGGCACGUUGCGUGAACAGCGCACAAACACUUGCCUGCCGCUCAAGUGGGAAUAUGUGACACAGGUCAGCGAAGUGUUAAUACUCUGCUUCGGAUUGCAUUUAGCUUUCGCCAGUCGCAAUGCCAACACGCAAUUUAGAGAAAGGCAGUUCCUCGUUGCGACAUUGGUCAUAGAAUUUCUGGUGUCGACAACAUUCUAUGUGCUGCGUUUUUUCUAUUUGCCCGAAAUGAGUCCGAGCGCUAUAUUUUUAGCGCUGUUCCUGCGCUCACAAUUGACCAAUACCAUGGCGUUGGGUUUGAUAUUUGUGCCAAAAUUGUGGUAUCAGCAUAAGCAGGUCAACGAUCCGCAACGUCUGGGCGGUGGUUAUGCUGGUCUAUGUUUGGGUGAUCCCGAUAUUGGUGAACUGACCAUUGCCGAAAUGAGCCCAGAGGAUAUACGUGCUGAACUUAAAAGACUGUAUACACAACUUGAAAUUUUAAAGAAUAAAACCUUACGUCAAGACAAUCCGCAUAUAAGUAAACGACGUGGCGGACGGAAAGCUGGACAUCGUCGGUUCUCGUUACAAAAAAAAGGAAGCAAAGAUAAGGCUCUGAGUGCCAAACACCGUAGCAACAAGCAUCAUCAAGAUAUUGAAAUUACCGAAGCCGAACCAUCGCGCACACCCGAAGACUCUGUGUGCAGUGUAGAGGGCCCGACCGAUGCCGAGAUAUCGGGCAUUUCGCAUUCAAUGCUAUCACAUUCCGCCAUUUCGCACUCAAUCGUGUCACAUUCGAAGUGAAAUACAAAGUCUACAACAUGGGUGUGAAAGCAGCGUGAAAAAAUGGUUAAAAGAAAGUCGUAAAAAAUUAUGAAAUCGAGUGAAGUGAUAAUAAGAAAUGAAGAUAAAAGAUUUUGUAGGUGGCACGUGAUUAUUAUUAGUUUUUUGUUUUUGAAAAAUGUUGUAAGAACCUGAAACGGAACCAUUUUCAAAGAUCUGAAAGCUGACAAAUGCAUUAUGUACAUACAGACAUAUAGAUUUAAAUACGCUU